GCGCCGCGGCAGCGCCAAGAUGGCGGCGCCCGUGUGAGGAGCGGCCGCCGCCGUGUGAGGAGCCGCCGCUUCCCGCCCCGCGGGCGCGCGUUCCUCCUUCCCCACCCCGCAGAAAUAAUGAGGAUAGCGGGGCCCCCAUGUCGGACCACUCUGACGAGAGGGCGACGAUGAUAGCGGCCGGCGAGCUGUCGGAGUUCGCCCCGCGGGGCCGGGAGCGGUGCCGGCGCCACCCCAGCGCGCUGAGCCUGCAGCUGCGGCGGCUGCAGCCCGCCUCCUCCGAGCUCUGCUCCUCCGACGGCGCCGCCGGCCUGGUGGGCUCCCUGCGGGAGGUGACGAUCCACGAGCGGCAGCGGGAGAGCUGGCAGCUGAGGAAAGGCGUCAGCGACGUUGGGGAGGAGGCGGACUACGACGAGGAGCUGUACGUGGCCAGCAACGUGGUCAUCUGGAGCAAAGGGAGUAAAAACCAAGCGUCUACCGUCUAUAAAGCUUUCACUGUUGACAGCCCUGUCCUGCAGGCCUUAUGGUGCGACUUCACGAUACCCCAGGAAAAAUCUGACAAAGCUGAGGUUUCGAGCAGUGAUGAAAUAGUAGAGAAAUGUAUCUGCAUAUUGCAGAAUUCUUGUAUAAAUGUGCAUAGCAUAGAGGGAAAGGAUUACAUUGCUGCUUUACCUUUUCAGGUCGCAAACGUCUGGCCAACAAAAUAUGGUUUGUUAUUUGAGCGCAGCAGUUCCUCGCACGAAGUACCUCCGAGUCCGCCCAGAGAGCCUUUGCCUACAAUGUUCAGCAUGUUGCACCCAUUGGAUGAGAUAACACCUCUCGUCUGCAAAUCUGGAGCAGGCGUGUUUGGCUCUGGCCGAGUGCAGUACGUCGCUGAUCACACCAUGAGGAUUGUGUUUCUCAGUGCUGAACCCUCCAUCGUGAUGACCUAUGACACUGUGCAGAGUUUACACACCGUUUGGGCUCUCCGGAGAGUAAAGCCAGAGGAGCAGAACACGGUGCUGAAGUUCUCGGAGCAGGUGGGCACGCCGCAGCAUGUGGCCACCAGCAGCUCUUUGACCGCCCACCUCAGAAGCUUCUCCAAAGGCGACUCUCCCGUGGGCUCCCCUUUCCAGAACUACUCGUCCCUGCACAGCCAGAGCCGCUCCGCGUCGUCGCCCAGCGUGCAGUCCCGCUCCCCCUCCAUCUCCAACAUGGCUGCAUUGAGCCGCUCUCACUCCCCUGCCCUGGGAGUUCAUUCCUUCUCGGGAGUGCAGAGGUUCAACUUUUCUGGUAACGUCCAGUCACCGAAGAGACACAAUAUUACCCAUUCGCCAAACAGCACUGCCAGCGAUUCCUUCCUCAUCCCAGAAACGGAGCCCAUUGUCCCCGAGCUGUGUAUAGAUCAUCUGUGGACAGAAACAGUCACAAACAUGAGGGAGAAGAAUUCCCAAGCGUCAAAAGUGUUUAUUACCACUGACCUUUGUGGGCAGAAGUUCUUGUGCUUUUUGGUGGAAUCCCAGCUCCAGCUGCGGUGUGUAAAAUUUCAAGAGAGCAACGACAAGUCGCAGCUGAUCUUUGGUUCUAUUACCAAUAUCCAAGCGAAGGACGCAGCUCCGGUGCAGGGCAUCGAUACGCUGCUGGUUCUGGAGGGCAGUGGGACUCUAGUGCUUUAUUCUGGAGUGGUUCGGGUGGGGAAGGUUUUUAUUCCGGGUCUGCCCGCUCCGUCACUGACAAUGUCCAACCCAAUGCCUCGGCCGAGCACCCCCUUGGACAGCGCCAGCACCCCGGCCAGACCUUUGAACAAGCACCUGGGUCCCCUGGAAGAGAGUGUGCUUUUGUCACCAGUUCCAGAGCUGAGGGAUUCUGCCAAGCUUCAUGACUCGACUUACGUUGAAGACUGUACUUUUCAGCAGCUCGGGACUUUCAUUCAUGGUCUGAGAGAUCCUGUCCACAACAGAGUCACUUUGGAACUCAGCAAUAACACAAUGGUUCGGAUUACGAUUCCCGAAAUCGCCACUUCGGAACUAGUGAAAAGGUGUCUGCAAGGCAUCAAAGCGAUCCUGCCCAAGGAGAUAGCGGUGCAGAUGCUCGUCAAGUGGUACAGCGCUUACAACGCGCCGGGAGGACCCAACUACCACUCCGAAUGGAAUUUAUUUGUAACGUGUCUCAUGAACAUGAUGGGUUACAACACAGAGAGACUGUCCUGGACGCGGAAUCUUGAUCUUGAAGGAUCGCUCUCACCAGUUAUCGCUCCAAAGAAGGCCAGACCCUCAGAAACAGGGUCGGAUGAAGACUGGGAAUAUCUCUUAAGCUCUGAUUACCACAGGAAUUUCGAGUCUCAUCCUGUAGCCAAAGCUUUGCGACUGGACCCUCUGGAAGUUUCAGCUCCGAAGGAGGACUUUUCACAGAGCCUUAGUCUGGAUUCCUCAACCCUCCUUUUCACCCACGUUCCUGCUAUUUUCUUUGUACUUCAUCUCAUCUACGAGGAGCUCAAACUCAAUUGUCUCAUGGGAGAAGGACUUCGUUCGCUUGUUGUUCUUCUGGUUCAACUGGCCAGAGACUUAAAACUUGAAGCUUAUAUAGAUUAUUACUACAGAGACUACCCAGCCCUUGUGAACACCUCCAGACAGACUUGCAUCAUUGAUCAAGUCCAAACAGGUUUCAUGCACCAUCCCUCAUUUUUUUCUGCCGAGCCUCCCAGUAUCUUCCAGUGGCUGAGCUCCUGUCUGACGGGAGGAGGCGUGCAGCCUUACCCGUACUUACCGGGAAUCUGCGAGAGGAGCAAACUCGUAGUACUGAGCGUGGCUCUGUACGUACUGGGUGACGAGAGCGCCGUGUCUAACGAAGCCUCCCGCUAUUUGUACAAGAUCACGACAGGACAACGAAAACAGCAGAUGGAACAGGAUGACGACCGAUGUAGUUUCACACGCAGCACAUCUGUUUCCAGCCUGGCUGAAAAGUUAGUUAUUUGGAUGACUAAUGUUGGUUUCACCCUGAGGGAUCUGGAGUCUCUCCCGUUUGGCGCAGCUCUUCCCAUCCGAGACGCGAUCUAUCACUGCCGAGAGCAGCCCGCCUCCGACUGGCCAGAGCCCGUCUGUCUCUUGAUCGGCCGCCAGGAUCUGUCCAAGCAGGCGUGUGAGGGGAACCUGCAGAAGGGCAAAUCUUCCGUGAGCCCGGUGCUGUCCUCCGACAUUCCCGCGGGCACCGAGUCGGAAGAGGACGAGGACGGCAUGAACGACAUGAACGAGGAGGUGAUGUCGCUGAUCUGGAGCGAGGAUUUGCGCGUGCAGGAGGUCCGCAGGCUCCUCCAGAGCGCCCGGCCCGUGCGCGUCAACGUGGUGCAGAUGCCAGAAGCCAGCGACCACGAGUACAUAGAAGAGAAAGAAAACCGACUGCUGCAGCUGUGCCAGCGAACCAUGGCCCUGCCCGUCGGACGGGGAAUGUUCACUUUGUUCUCCUAUCAUCCCGUUCCAACGGAGCAGUUGCCAAUCCCGAAGCUGAAUCUGACCGGCCGUGCUCCUCCCAGGAACACCACGGUGGAUCUGAACAGCGGGAACAUCGACGUGCCUCCCAACAUGGCCUGCUGGGCCAGCUUCCACAACGGGGUGGCCGCGGGCCUCAAGAUCGCGCCCGCCUCGCAGAUCGACUCCGCCUGGAUCGUCUAUAACAAGCCCAAAAUUGCCGAGCUGGCCAACGAAUACGCGGGUUUCCUCAUGGCUCUGGGUCUCAACGGGCACCUCACCAAACUUGCCACUCUCAAUAUACACGACUACUUAACAAAGGGCCACGAGAUGACGAGCAUCGGGCUGCUGCUCGGCGUUUCUGCCGCCAAGCUGGGCACGAUGGACAUGGCCAUCACGCGCCUCCUGAGCAUCCACAUCCCCGCGCUCCUGCCGCCCACCUCCACGGAGCUGGACGUGCCCCACAACGUGCAGGUGGCGGCCGUCGUGGGGAUAGGGCUGGUGUACCAGGGCACGGCGCACCGGCACACGGCUGAGGUGCUGCUGGCCGAAAUCGGACGUCCCCCCGGCCCAGAAAUGGAGUACUGCACCGACAGAGAGUCCUAUUCCCUUGCGUCUGGGCUGGCCUUGGGCAUGGUGUGCCUGGGGCACGGCAGCAAUUUGAUCGGCAUGUCGGACCUGAACGUCCCCGAGCAGCUCUACCAGUACAUGGUGGGCGGGCACCGGCGGUUCCAGGCGGGGAUGCACCGAGAGAAGCACAAGUCUCCCAGUUACCAAAUCAAGGAGGGAGACACCAUAAAUGUGGACGUCACUUGUCCGGGUGCCACCCUUGCGCUUGCCAUGAUCUACCUAAAGACUAAUAACAGAUCCAUUGCUGACUGGCUGCAGGCACCAGAUACCAUGUAUUUGCUGGACUUCGUAAAACCGGAGUUCCUUUUGUUGAGGACCUUGGCUCGAUGCCUGAUUUUGUGGGAUGACAUCUUGCCCAAUUCCAAGUGGGUGAAUAGCAACGUGCCUCAAAUCAUCAGAGAGAACAGUAUAUCUCUGAAUGCAACAGAGCUGCCUUCGUCUGAAGACCUGAGUUUAGAAACACUGGCGCAAGCGCACGUCUACAUCAUCGCCGGAGCCUGCUUGGCACUGGGAUUUCGAUUUGCUGGUUCGGAAAAUCAGGCAGCAUUUCAGUGCUUGUACAAAUAUGCAACAGAUUUCCUGAAGUGUUUGUCAGCACCAACAGCUUCAAUAACAGGUCACUACAACCUGGAGACGUGCCUGAGCGUGCUGCUGCUGGCCCUGGCCAUGGUGAUGGCUGGAUCCGGAAACCUCAAAGUGCUGCAGCUCUGCCGCUUCAUGCACAAGAAGACGGGCGGGGAGAUGAACUACGGGUUCCACCUGGCUCACCACAUGGCUCUGGGGCUGCUCUUUCUGGGAGGAGGAAGAUAUUCCCUGAGCACUUCGAAUUCUUCAAUUGCUGCUCUCCUGUGCGCUCUGUACCCGCACUUCCCUGUUCACAGCACGGACAACCGGUACCACCUCCAGGCUCUGCGUCACUUGUACGUGCUGGCGGCAGAACCGCGGCUCUUAACGCCCGUUGACGUGGAUUCCAACACUCCCUGUUACGCGCUGAUAGAGGUUACGUACAAGGGCACGCAGUGGUACGCGGAAGCCACCGAGGAACUGAUGGCACCCAUGCUUCUUCCAGAGCUUCACUUACUGAAGCAGAUCAAAGUGAAGGGGCCACGGUACUGGGAACUAUUAAUAGAUUUAAGCAAGGGAACGAAUCAUCUAAAGUCGAUCCUCGCCAAGGGGGGUGUCCUGUACGUGAAGCUGCGGGCCGGCCAGCGCUCCUACAAGGAGGACCCCAUGGGCUGGCGCAGCCUCUUGGCGCAGAGCGUGACCCACCGCAGCUCCGAAGCUCGGGCCUUCAAGCCAGAAGCCAUCCCAGCUUUCACUUCUGAUCCUGCGCUGGUUUUGUUCGCCGAUUAUUUUUGCAAACCGACCGUGAACAUGGGCCAGAAACAGGAAAUCCUGGAUCUUUUCUGCUUGAUUCUUUACGACUGUGUUACCCGAGAAAAUCCAGAGAUGCUGCCCACGUACAUCGCCAUAGAUCAGGCUGUGAGGAGGUUAGAGAGGAGAGAAAUGUCCGAAACGUUCGAGCUGUGGCAGAUAAAGCUGGUGUUAGAAUUCUUCAGUUCCAGAAGCCACCAGGAGAGGCUGAGCAGGAAUCCAAACCGAGGGCUCUUCAUGAACUCCGAGUUCCUGCCCUUGAUGAAGUGCGCGAUCGACAACACUUUGGAUCAGUGGCUGCAAGACGGCGGGGACGUGUCUCUGCACUCGUACCUGAGCGGGCGGGCGGCGGAGGGGCCGCAGCGCAGCAUGCUGGCGUGUUUCCUCGUCUACCACGCCGUCCCCACGCCGGGGCAGCUGGCGGCCGGGGGCCUGGAAGGGAGCACGCGGUUCUCGGAGCUGCUGCUGAAGUUCCGGCAGUGGAACGUGCCGGUGCGGGCGCUGCUGCGGCUGGCGCCGCUGCUGCUCCGCAACCCGCACGCCAUGGUGCUCUAGCGCGCUUUUGGACCUUCCCAAACGACGUCAACUUCAAACUUGUCCCCGGGUGCGGUGACGUAUGGCCAGGAGUUAUUUAUAAAUUGUUACAGUGGAUUAAAAAAUUGUUAAAGUGAACUAAUAAUAAAUUUACUUUUGUAACUAA